CUCGUUCAGCAUCGAUGAAGAUUGGAGCGCGAAGGUUACGUAGAGGGUUCUCUCCCGCUUCGCCCGGCGAAAGGAACCCUAGGAACCGAAGGGGAGGAUUUACUGCUUUCAAUCGCGAAUUCUACUUCUAUUCCAUCUUAUUCCUAGAUCUGGGGUUCCCGGCGAUGCCGAUCUAGCUCCGGCAGGCUGUAAAUCAUCGGGAAUGGCUCAUGGCGGCUACGCCAGGCGUCGGAUCGCUGAGAGGAGACCCCUUGACCGCCGCUCCAAGGGGAUGGGGCUGGAUAAGAGGCGCAACAAGUUGAAACGCGUCUCCAUCAAAAAUCAGAUCCGUUCCGUUGAACGCUUUCUUCGUAAGGACUUGCAUGAUGAAGUCAGGAAGGCUCAAGAAAAGAAGCUUGAAGAACUAAAGCAGCAACAGGAGCUUCAGGCACGCUUGGAACUGGAACAUAAGAUACGUUUGAGGGACAAAAAAUUAAAAUUCUUUGAGAGGAGAAAAGUUGAAAGGAUGAUAAGAAGGCUUGAGAAACGACAGCGAACAUCAUCUGAUCAUGCCUCAGAUGAAAGAAUUCUGGAUCAGCUUUCAAAACUAAAGGAGGAUCUAAAUUAUGUUCGUUUCUUCCCGAAGACUGAAAAAUAUGUUUCACUGUUUGUUGGCGGUGAUAAUCCAGCAAUUGUAGAUAAGAGAAAUAAAUUGCGUCAACAGGUGAAAGCUAAUCUUAUAGCUGCUGCGGCAAGUGGAAUGGAUUUAGAAGAAACAGCAAGUGAUGAUGAUGCUUUAGAUGGGAGUGAGGAUGACUUUUUCUCGAGUGGAAGUUCAACUGAUGAGGCAGAAGCAGAUGAUGAAUGGACAGAUAGAAAUAUUAGAGAACCAACUUCAAGUACCUCUGGGAAAGCAACAUCGAGCAUGUCCAGUGAUGAAAGGAAUCAGAGACUAUUAUCUGCUCGAGCUCUAAUGCCGCCACCUCGUUCAUUGCCAUCAAGCAGAAACCAGCCCCUUGAAAACAUUGCGAUGCCUACAUGUAGCAACACAUCAAAUAGCUGUGGCCCUUCCUCCAAAAGUUCUAGAUUUCUAAAUAGAGUGGGAUCUCAAAACAGCAAUGUGAGUUCUGGCUCCGAUGCUCGUAAACCACGCCGGAAAAGGAGGCCAAAGAAGAAAAAGCAGGCAUUAUGAUGCAUUGGUUAUCAAAGAAUAAAGAAGCUGAUGCAUACAACGCAACCACUGAUACUGGAACUUAUUCGAUCCAACUGCAUGGUGAAUAUUUUACAUCUCGGUAAAAAGAAUGUUUCUCUUUCCAUCAUGGUUAGCUAUUUCGCAAUGUAUUAUAGUUCACAUACCCUGUAUUUACUGUUCCAAACUUUUGCAAUUUGUUCCUUAGAAUGGUUCUUCAAGCUAUUAGUAAAUGAAACGAUCAACUUUCUUACUGUAUGACAAUUUUUUCAGCAUUGUUCUAUGUAAAUUGUAGCCCUCAUGUUGAAUUCAGAUGGUCUCUAAUUAGCCUCCACUGAAUCCAGUCUGUGUAUGUAAAAUUGUGUUUCCAUUUGGUUA